AUGGCUCAACCAUCACAAGCAUCUGCCGGCGCUACUACACAAUCCCAAUUAGACUCUUCCUUGCGGCAUUUCACCGAAUCUUCCUUUGACCCCGUCGAUUUCUUGAACGACCACCUUCCGCCGCUGACUCUAUCCACUUCCCAGGCGCAUGCUACUCGAGCGCCAAGCUCCGUCAAUCUAGCCGAUCUUUCCUCUCGAAGCCAGUCUCUCGUUUCGCAGUUGGGCACCCAGAAUGUGCGACUCUCAGGGAAUCUGACACAACUCACCGAGGAAAUUCUACGAAGUGGAGGGCGACUAGCCUAUGAAGUGGAAGUGCUGCGAGGAGAGGCAAUUAGUCUCGCUGAUACCCUGAGUGAGAACCUACAUGAAGAUAUUAUCAAGUUCGCCCCGGAGGGGCAGGAUGCAAGUGAACAGAAAGAAGACACCCCCGACGAGGAGGGCGAAAAAGAAGCUAUACCCAGACUGCCCAACGAACCAGAGUUCAUUGCACAACUACGAAUAUUGGGUCAGGUGCGCACACGGUUAGAGGAGGUUAUACAGACGUUUGGAGAUGCAAUGGAAUGGCCGCUUCCUCCAUCCGAACUGUCGAUCACGUCAUCGUUCAUAUCGGUAUCCGCACCUGAACCUGGCAGUGAAAGUUAUAGCCGCGAAGAGAAAGGUCAAGAACUAGUUAAAAAGCUUCGAACGGAAAUCACAGAGCUACUGGACAGUAACGGAGGGGGUGAUGCAGGCUUGGCCGCUGCUACGGAGCGACUCGAAAAACUACGCAAUCUCGCGACGAUAUGGAAAGGUACGGCUGAGGAGAAGGCGCGAAGCCGUUUCUUGGACAGCCUCGCUCGAAUCAUUGAAGACAGACGCAAGGCUUUGGAAAUCCAACGAGAUCGUGCAUCAAAGAAAGCAAGAUCUUCCAUGGACCAAAUAGCUGAAGAACGUGAUAGUGGUCCUGGUGCGGGCUUGUUUCGGGGUCUUCAGCGGAUCCGCGAUGAGAUAUACCUGGAGUAG